ACGCACCAUAGAAAUGUAGGUUAUGCAGGCAAAAGAGCAAAAAUUUGUAUACAUGAAAGAAGGCGGUGCGUGUUUGACGAGCAAGUCAUCGCAGCGGGAAACACUAAUAAAACACUGACUCCGUCUCCCGUGGAAGCGGACUCGACAAAAGCAGUUAACGAGGUGAUUUACAGCAACAGCCAUGUGAAUUUACCAAGUUUUGUUGUUUCAUCUCCGCAUACUACAAUGGUGACAACUUUACGCACGCCAAUAUUGCCUGAUAAUGAGGUCAUAAUGCGGUUUCCUGUAGCAGCAACCGCGAUGUCGUAUGCGGAAACAUCAUUACCUCUGCCAUCGAAUGAAGCUAUGAGACAAGCUUCAUUGGCGAUUCCAAUGACGUUACCAACCUCGCCGCCGUCCGUAGAAAUGCCAACGUCAGCAAACACACACAGAAAGCUACCGAGACCUUUCAAGGCUUAUCCAUUGCACAAAACUUCAUUUCCAUAUCCAACCUACUCUACGCUCGAUUACGAUUCCAAUAGAAACUACGAAAAGUUUCGAGCUUCAAUGAUGGAACGCGUUAAGAAGAUACAGGAUGGUCCAAAUCCGAAAAUGCGACGAGCCAAUAAAAACAACAGUGCAGCGUCCACCUGCGCUGAAAAAACUACUGACGGAAAAGACUCUACUUAUUUUGAAAAAAGAAGAAAAAACAAUGAAGCAGCAAAGCGUUCCAGAGAUGCUCGUAGAGCGAAGGAAGAUGAACUUGCCAUAAGAGUAGCCUUUUUGGAACAAGAAAACACGUUGUUGAAGCACAAACUCGAGCAAUAUAUGCAUUAUAGUUCACUUUAA